CUGGCGGAAACGCAUGGACUUUAUUUGACUGUCCAACGGCCUGCUUACUUGAUCCUCCUUCCGCGUUGGUGCGGCCUUGACUCAGCGAGCGGCCCGAGUCGUCACUAAGGAACCGACUGGUUAGCAAGCUUUGUGGUUCUUCCACUUACUCAAAGGCUUUGCCCUGAUGCUCCCCCAUUCUCACCACCAGAUCGCUCUGUUAGCCACGCUUCCACCACGUAUUUGUCAACGCCACCAUCAUACAUCGCGUCCCUACGUAUUCGACGACUCAAGACACUGCGUGGCGACCGAAUAUCGGCGUUCUCUUUACCAAUUACCAGCCUUCUCCUUUUCGACCACCACUGCAGAAUCCAUCGAGCCCAGACACAGCAAGCCUGAAAAGGCUUUUGGUGUCUGAACAUCAGCACGGCAUCAUAAGGCUCCUUUAAGAUGUCGGUAGCGAACGCGGAAGCUGUAAGCCGCAGGGAUUUGGCAGUAUCGGAUGAACCACUGUCUGUGUCAGAAGCCACAGCCAUUGCUGGCGACCACCACGACGGCUCGCCACCUUCGUCCUCGCAGAGCAACUGCGGCAGCUCUGAAGGUGCUUCGAGCGACGCCACGACUAGGAAAGAGGCGCGCUUUACGACUUCUCGCAGCAACGCUACUCCUGCGAGCGAGCGCGACACUGUUGCCGCCGCUGGCAGCAUCUCAACACCUACAGGAAUGGUGGAGGCACCGGGCUUGGGUAGGACAGUGACACUGGAAGAUGCCAAGCGGACGCUGCAGGGCCGCGCCUCUGGCCGAACAGAGUCAACUGGCUUCGUGAAUCCGCGCAAGGCCCGCCAGACACUGGAGGAUGCUGGAGGCACCGGCUCAUCUAGCGCUUCUGGUAGCAUUGCGACGCAACGUCACGCGGCUCUUCAAGCAAGAGAGGCUGCUGCUCGCCUCCUCGACAUGAUCAAGUGUGCAGCUUGUGGUCAAACUUUCCGCGAUCCGGUCACUCUACCGUGUGGCCACAGCACCUGCAUGGGCUGCGUUUUGGAGCGCGUGAACGAGGACCGCACCAUGACCACCAUGCCUUGCUCAAGUCAUGUGCCGCCGCGUUUGCCUCUCUGCGCAACUGCAGUGCCCUGCUCGGUCUCUGGAUGUCAACGUUCUGCCAUCGGCCGAGGUUUGGGGGUUUGGGCGGGGCAUCAAGCACGUUGGGGCCCGCCCUCCGCAUCGCAGUCUGCAUCGGAAGCAGGUCUCUCAGCUCGCGUGACCAGCGAGGGUCCAGGCUUCGUGCCCCUGGACGGCUUCGUCAUCGCUCAGCCCGACCAGUCCGUCGGUCUCACCGUUGUGCCACCUCAGAGGAAGGGUGACGAAGCAUCAUACACUACGUCGCCCUUUACACUCGCGAGCGGCGGUCGGUCGUCCGGAGACAGCCUUCGUCUUGAUGUCACCUUGUCGAAAGCCAUCGAUGCUCUGCGGCGCUAUGCACAUAUGCCUCUCGCGCCCGAUCCUUCCUCAGAAGCUCCGACCACGUCUUUGCACGGCCUGCGGUCACUGGCGUCUGGCAGCAGAUCAGUUCGGCAAUAUACAGGCACUCAAGGGUCUACUGCAUUCCUUCGCUCGGGAAGUGAGACAGGCAGCGCAUUUUCCCGCGCUCGCCGACGCGGUGUUCGCGGUCACCAUGUCCGCUCUCUCCGCUCUUCAGCACUUCCAGGUCGACGAACAUCUCGCCUGACGGAUCACCAUGCUGAUGACGAUCGCGUCGCCAUAGCGCCAAAUUUUCUGCCCAUGCUUGGUGGUAGCGAAGAGGGCAGGGAAUCGGGCUCCGUCGGCGGAGUGCACGCCACCUCCGAGACUGACGACGACGAUCAAGACGUGCUUGAAGCCGAUCAUCACGAAUUUGACGCGGACGGAUCUUCAAGCUCGCACUUGUCAUGGUAUUCGACCCGCGAAGAACCUUACGAUCGCGGCGAUCACGCAGACUUUGAGGAUCACUACUCAGUGCCCGAGGAGGGUGACGAUCCGGACUUCGGGGGCGCUUACUCCAGACCUUCCGCCGCUUACGUAGCGCGGCAUCAUCGCUUCAAUCCAGAUGCCUCUGCCUCCGGCUGGGCUUCCCGACCCAGCGCAUCCGACACCACAGUCUCAAAACGACACCGCAGACGCUCUCUCUUUGGCUCAAAGUUGCCAACGUCAGAUCGCGCCAUCGAGGCUGACUCAGAAUGGGACACCGAGACCUCCUCACGAGGUUCGCUCAGUGCGAAACCCGCCCUGAUCAGCCAAUCUGACGACACUGCUCGUUCCUCUGCAACACUGGACGAGCUCCACUCUGAACUGGUCGACGUCUUGGAAUGUCAGUUGUGCUAUCUGCUGCUGCACGAGCCUCUCACGACGCCUUGCGGCCAUACCUUCUGUCGGACUUGCUUUGCGCGAAGUCUGGACCACAGCAGCAAUUGUCCGCUCUGUCGCGCUUCGCUUCCGGCCAUUUCAUUCUUCCAGGAUCACCCGCCCAAUCACACUCUGCUCACGCUUCUGACUUCGUCGUACGCCAACGACGGAGAUUUGACGAGACACAGCAAGCUUCUAGAGCCCGCAGCAAACGCCACAAUGGAUGUGAAGCUGCAAGCUGCUGUUGAUUGGGCCUCGCUUCCACCAGACAUUCGCGGUCUUCAGCGCCUGUACACUGAGCGAAAGACAGCUCUGGAGCAAGAAGAGCGUGAAGCUCGCCUCUCCACCCCCAUCUUUGUCUGCACCGUGGGCUUCCCAGAGAUGCCCACUAUACUGCACAUUUUCGAACCACGGUACCGUUUGAUGAUCAGACGCUGCGUCGAGAGCGGUAAUCCGAGGUUCGGGAUGGUUUUGCAUUCACGCGACUCGCCGGGAGGGAUGAGCGAAUAUGGUACCAUGCUGGACAUUAAGAGCGUCCAGAUGCUGCCCGACGGUCGCUCGAUGAUCGAGACGGUGGGCUCGGAUCGCUUCCGCCUUCACGAGAUGGGAUCGUUAGACGGCUACAUCGUUGGCCGAAUAGAGACCGUCAGCGAUUUUGGCGCCUCGCAAGAACAACAACUUGAGCAAGCAGCCAUGGCUCGCAAUGCUGCCAAAGACCGCGCGGAAGCCGCGCAUGGCGCGCAAGAGGCCACCUCUUCGUCUCGACAGGAACGAUCAAGCGUCCCACCAGAGGUUCCUGAAGCAACUCAAGCCGAGGACUUUAUCGUUCAGCCCGAUUACGAGGCGACCGAGUUGGCUCAGGUCGGACUGCCUCCGCUCGAAGCGCAUCAACACGAGCCUUCCACGGCGGAGAUGAUCGCGACGUGCAUGACUUUCAUCUCUGAACUGAGAUCAGGCACCGCGCCUUGGCUAGUCACGCGCAUCAACCACACCUACGGCCCCAUGCCAGAUGUGCACGAAGUAGCGAAGCUCAGCUUUUGGAUGGCUUUGGUCAUGCCCAUAGACGAACACGAAAAGGCUAGGCUCUUGCCCAUCCGCAGUCCACGCAUCCGUAUGCGAGUCGUAGUCUACUGGAUCGAGCAGCUCAGAAGCACGUGGUGGUAUUCGAGCGGUUGUUCGGUGUCAUGAUGUCUUGCGCUGCUCGUACCUACUCCUCUCCAUUCUUUGACUUUUCAACUUUACUUUCUGCUGCUCUCUUUUCCUCGAUCUCCCCUGCGCGUCCAACUCCUCGGUCACGUUGCCGCGGCGGAGUCUCUGUAUCAACGCUCAUUAAUAUGCCACCUCCACAUCGCCCUUUUCGGACUCGUCACCUUGGCUGCCCAGCAGCACCUCUCGCGCGCAGCGUGCCCUUCAACCCCCCUUGUCGCUUUCUUCACACUCUUCCGCAUCUGUAUUCUUCAUUCCAACGGAAGCCUUUCAUCCAAUGACAAG